GAUGGAAACAAAACAUGUAAAAAAUUCAAAAAUAAAUAAAUAAAGUGAAAAUCCAUAUCAGUCAAGACUCAAAACCCUGUUUUUUCUUGCAUUUGCAAAAGCCCUCACUCAUUCAUGUCAAACGCAGAAUCACAAAUUUCAACUCUGUGAUUUGUUGAACCGAAACAAACUAUGUUUGCUGUUAGAAAUCUUCAGAGACAUUGCUUUUUCAAACCCUUUUCAUCUCUCUUUCAUCUUCAACCAAACAAUCUCUUCAGAAAUGUUGUGCCUUUAGGACAAGGAAUGGAGCAAGGAAACAUUGAUGAUAAAUUUGAAGCAUACCAUAAAGUUAGAUUGUAUUGUUAUGUUAAACCGUUGAAUCUUUUGAAUGGAUCGUUGUGUCGGGGAAUGUCAACGACGAGAGGAAGGAGUAUGCGAAGCAAGGUGGAAAGAAGAAUGCAGAAGGAGUCUGGUAAGACGUUAAGAGAGAUUCGUAGAGCUAACAAAUUGAAGAAGAAACUUAUGACUGAGGAGGAGCGGCUCGUUUACAAUCUAAAAAGAGCGAAGAAGAAAAUUGCAUUGCUACUACAAAAGCUCAAGAAAUAUGAACUACCAGAGCUGCCUCCUCCACGACAUGAUCCGGAGCUCUUAACACCUGAACAACUUCAGGCAUAUAAAAAAAUUGGAUUCAAGAAUAAGAAUUAUGUUCCUGUCGGUGUUCGUGGAGUCUUUGGAGGAGUUGUGCAAAAUAUGCAUCUCCAUUGGAAGUUUCAUGAAACUGUGCAAGUUUGUUGUGACAACUUCCCCAAGGAAAGAAUAAAAGAAAUGGCUUCAAUGCUUGCAAGAUUGAGCGGUGGCAUCGUGCUAAACGUUCAUAAUGUGAAAACAAUCAUUAUGUUCCGUGGUAGAAAUUAUCGCCAACCCAAAAAUUUGAUACCUCUUAACACGCUUACAAAGAGGAAGGCCCUAUUCAAGGCCAGAUUUGAGCAAGCUCUAGAAUCUCAGAAGCUAAACAUAAAGAAAAUAGAGCAGCAGCUGCGGCGGAUGGGAGUAAAUCCGGAGGAUCCAACUGCAAUGGCCAGCAUCCAAAGAGUGGCUUCUACAUUCUUCAACGCCAUUGACAAGAAAGAGGGGAGCCCUUAUGUCUUCCGUGGAGACAAACCGUCAGUAAUAGAACCUAACGAAGGUUUGGGGGAGUCAGAUCCUUCUGCGGAUAGUGAUCAGGAAGAGCUAGAUCGAUUCAUCGCUGAUAUAGAGGAUGCUGCAGAUAAAGAAUAUGAAGCUGAAGAGGCCAAAGAACAAGAAGAGUUUGGAAGGCUUAGAUAUUGGAAUAGAGAAGAGUAUGGUGGAAGAUUCAGAAGAUUGGAUGAUUCUAGAAAUGAUGCCUAUGAUGGUGAGGUUAGAGGCUCAAGGGUUCGACAGAAUAUACAUCCCAGGCAUCGGACUACUGAUAGUGACAAUGAAGAGAAUGCUCGUUCUGACGAUGAUGAUAUUGCAGAUGAUAGUGAUAUUGACAGCAUUUCUGAUGGCUCUUAUGAAGCUAGAGGCAGGUUCGAGGAAAGUAGGGGGAGAAGAGAGAGGAACAAUAAUAAUAUCGGUAUUGGCAACGAUCAAGUUAAUUUUGGUCCGAGCAGACACAGUGGAGCUAAAUUUAGGAGGAAUUUUGCCAUAGAAGAUUCUGAAUCAGAAGGUACACUUAGUGAUGUUGAAAAUGCAAUGUGGGAGUCUGAUGACGAGGAAAACGACUCAGUACAUUUGAGACGGGCCAAAGGUGGCAACUACAAGAGCAGCAGCAGUGACGAUGAGGGCAAGAUUGAUGAUUCUGCUAAAUAUCGUAAUCAUUUUAGUGCACCAAAGAGUGUGAGAGGUAGGCAAGAAGGAAUUCGCAGAACGAAACCUGAAUCCAUUGAUGCCUUCAGCGAUUCAGAAGAGUGGAUGUUUCAAUCAGAUGGUGAGGAGGACUCAAGAGCUGAUGAUAAGGACUAUCCUACAAGUCAAAAUAGUAAGAUGGUCAAAAGUGAUAUCCAUAAGAAGAGAUCACCAAAGGAGGCAGAUGAGGCUUGGGACAGUGACUAGCCCUAGUAAAUGCAAGACCAUAAUUCAUUGUAGUUUUUUAAAACUUUGUUUGAGAUGUAGACAUCUUGAACAAAUUUGGAGCGACCUUCCCCAUCCGGCAUUUCUAAAAAUUCACACAUGACUCUGAAUUCCUGACAAACAUAAUUUGUCUAAAUGUGUCCUUUCGGACGACAUAAAAUUUGUGUUUAUUCUAGACGUGUACAUCCAAAGUUAUUUACUGGGGUGGGAAAAGUUCCGUGCGAA